CUUAAAUUCAAACGUAUCAGCCGGCUCAGCUGUACCACGGCAGCUCUCCAGUCAGCCGAUUACUCGGUAGCUCCAGCGCGACCAAGCGAGACAGGGAGCCCAGAUCGCCAGGCAAAGGGCCUGUCAGGCCGGUGGCCUCGAGGACUAGGUGGGUAAGGUUGCGGCAAUGAGUGAUACUGGCCGGGAAGGGUCCCUCCAUCCGCUUAUUAUCAGACAUAGUCAGGAUCCGCAGUCGGUGAAGCCUGCCGAUGUCUUCAGGGAUAGGUCCUGAGAGGUCUGUCCUUAUGAGCUCGAGAGCCUCGAGGCGGGAUAGAUUGGCGAGGGAGGACGGGAUUGGACCGCUUAGUAAAUCGACGAUGUACAGGCCCUUCAGAUAAGGCAGCUGGCCAAUUGUAGUUGGAAGCGGACCGGUCAUCCCAUCCUGCAAUACCGCCACGCGCAUGAGCAUACGUGUGCAUGAAUGUGUGCGUUAGAUGUAACUGACCACUCCAGAAAGGUCGAUGACGCGAAGAGAGGUCACUUUGGCGAUGUCAUCGUCCAAGCUUCCCUGUAUGGGCAUUUCAUCAGCGAGGAAACAUACCAGGUGCCGCAACCGAUUGAACGACGCCGAGAAUACCAAAGCGUUCCGGCCUCGCUGCUGUAAGAUCAGCGGCACAUCCGAUACCUCCAUGUGCCUACGAUCCGCUGUCAGAGCAAGAAUAUAUCCCUCCCGCGGGCCGCCAUCCGCCAGCGCCUCACUCAGCCGCACACACGUGAUGAAGGGGACGACGCACAGAUUGUCUUCAAAGGUGGACUUGGUCUCGUUGCCGACCAAUCCGGCCUCAUAAGACCACUCGAACAGAGCUGCAGCAUCCUCCUGACACGAAUCGCACCGCAUGAGCUCCUCCAUUUCGGUAUAGGGAAGAAUAUUGUGGCCAUAUUCGUAUGCCGGGAGAAAGGGGUCAAAGCGUUGCAGGAACUUCAGCCGCCUGGCAUCAUGCCAGCCGGGAGGGAGGGGAAGGGAGAGAUCCGAACCAUUGGCGGGCUGAAGGGUGCGCCGGAAGGGCGAGCAAGCCACGAGCGACGAUGAGAGGGCAAGAAACGCCGCACAUAGAAGAAUCACCAUCGGAUACUCAUCGACCAAGCCCUUCGCAUUCCAUAAACGACAUCUGAUGCUGUGGAUGAGCGAUGCAUAGCAAUGCUGAUCUGGCAG